ACCAUAACAAAAUGUUUCUGAAAUUGGUUUAGGAAAAAUUUCAGAGCUUAGCCCUAAUUAGGGCAUCAAAUGUAUAUUUAUAUAGAUGAUCUCUUCAAGUCAAAUUACAAUUAAGCCCUUGGGCUAAUACAUACGACACAAUUAACAGUAUAACCUAGAUACACUAAGACUCCCCCUUCAAUCGGAGCAAGGUGGAAGGAUGCGAAGAUUGGAGCGAAGGUAGUGAAAUUGGGCAGAGGGGAAGCCCUUCGUGAAGAUAUCAGCAAGUUGCUCGGAUGUGGGAAUAUAUUGCACAAUAAUGUCACCUUUGAGAACCUUUUCCCGUACAAAAUGGUAGUCAAUUUCAAUAUGUUUCGAGUGAGCAUGAUGAACAGGAUUGGCAGUCAUAUAAGUUUUCUGAUGUUAUCACAAUAGACCUGAACAGGGUGAGGAAGAAAGAGACAAAGCUCGCGAAGUAGCUGAGUAAUCCAGUGAGACUCAGCAACAGCAAAGGUAAGCGAGCGGUAUUCAGACUCAGCACUAGAACGAGAGACUGUAGGUUCUUUCUUGGCGCGCCAUGAACUAAGAUUGGGACCAAGAAAAAUAGGAUAGCCAGACGUAGAGCGCCGAGUGUCAGGACAACUUGCCCAAUCUGCGUCAACAAAAGAAAGUAGACCCCGCUAAGGCGUUCCUCGGAGGAACUCGUCCAAGCACAUGUCUCCUUUAUCUGUUUUCAGCCAGCUUAAGCGCCCUACUUUACCUACUUUAAAUGUAAAUCUUCCUUUUCAUCAAAGCCUUCGUGUUCAUCGAAUACUAGCUUCACUAUGUGUAGCUCGCUCCCCUCUCUUGAAAGCCGAACUGGCGCCUUCUUUUGAUAAUUGGGUUAGGGUUACCGAAGGCAAUCUGUCAGGAAAAGUUUCCCCUUUUAUUCGGCAGCCGCCUUUGAUGUAACUAAACUAGAUAGAGUUUGGGUCACGAAUUCGGAUUUACCGAUCCGAGGGAACCAAAUGAAGCAUCUUUUUCUCCUUCCGAAAGAAAAGAGGAAGACUUAUUCACACCGAAGUGCACCAAUAGAAAACCCCUACCAGUCGAAGUGGAAUGAUGAGCUAAAAGUCCCUUCUACGAUGAAGCUGAGUCACCGAAGCGGGAGAGGUGUCUUCUUUCAGGAUUGUUUCCUAUUGAGUGGAUCAAAUCCCAGGCCUUAAGAGCCCAUUAACCCAUCUUCUGUUCCGCUAGCCAUCUAAGCUAAAGCUUGCCAUCAACCGGUUCGUUCGGAAGUAACCGCAUGCGCUCACCUAUCCAUCAACCAAGACAGAAGGGAAUGACCAACCAAGCGAGCAGAGCCCAACUACCAAUCCUAUGCUCUCCCAAUCCUGGAACUGGCGGCAAUCUAACGAAUUCGGGAAAGCAAGAUGAUCGACACUGGAAAAGACGUCUUGGCGAGAGGUGCUUUAGCAACUCGACUGAAAAGGCGUUCCUCGAGAGUGAAACGAGAGGGAGGCCGGGCUUAUCCAUGGGACUUGCCGUGGCGGUUAGACUUUAUUUUAACACAUCCUCAAAUUCGUCUCGUCGGUUGGUUGAUUCUCGAAAUAACCACUUGAGAAAAAAAAAGGUCCAUCAGGUUUUGCCCUGCCAUCUCCGGCGAGGCCCCAUAUCCGUGAGACUGGAUCACUGUAAUUCACGGAAGUCCAUUUGGACCUCUCCUUUUAGUCGAGUCACUCCGUGCCUCUCGGGAGUAGGGCUUUGUUCUGGGGGGCUCGACUUGCGCUGCUUUAUAAGGGAGAGAAUUUCAUAAAGUAACUCUCUCUAUCUAUCCUUAGAAGUAGGGCGAUAGAAAGU